CUUGCUGAGUGUUCACAACCAAAUUCAGCGAAAUGGAAUAUUGUUGAUAGUAAAGAUGGCGUGAUCAUAGAUGAGAGUGGGAUCCAACUGAAGAGAUGUGCCAGGCAGCUGAGGGAGAGAACGCUCAGCUGGUGGGAGGUUUCAUCAAGGGGUGGAAUAUGCUCAACUUUGUCCUUCCCAGAAGGAGAUUUAAACAUAUUGCUUAAUGUGAUACCUGCAUGUGGUGAAGUACUGAACAGGGAGACCAGGUUCUUGUCCCCUCUUUCUGCUGACUGGCCAUGUGUGGGGGAAGGUGGAGGGGUGGCAGUGACAAGGUGACGAUGCCUCUCCAAGAUGGCUUCAAG